AUGGAGUACGAUCUUGCGCAAGAGGAACUCACAAAUCAAACCCAUAAUGGGAGAUUGAUAAACAGUAUUAAAAAAUACCCGGCAAUUUAUGCGAAAUCCUCAAAAGAAUUCCGAAAUUCGAUUCGGAAAGAUGCGGCAUGGCGUCAUGUGGCUGAGGAAAUGCAAAUGACUGAGGCAGCUGUUAAAGCAAAGUGGAAAAAUCUACGUGAUCGGUUCGUCAAGGAGCACCGAGAAGUAACCGAUUCCUCGUCUUCUGGUGCUGGAGAGGAAGAGGUAUACGAAUCUAAUUGGCCAUUGUACAAUGAACUCCUCUUUCUUGCGGCCCAUUGCAAAAAUCGACCAACUAUCGGUAACUUUCGUGUCCUCAAGCGACAGGAUACACCUGUUACUGCUGAGCCGUCAUCAUCAGCACAGGAAGUAGUACUCGAAGAGAUUCUUGUAGAAGAGACGGAGUUAAACCACUCUCGAGCUGAAACAAACAAAACAAAGAAGCGAAAGAUUGACAUUGACGAGCUAAUCCUUGCCAUUUUGGAUGACGUACAGCAGAGCAUCGUUACCGGUCCUGCAAGCAGUGGAAAUCGACACAUGUCUUUUGGAUCAUACCUCGUAGACAGGAUGGAAAUGCAACCGCUGCAUGUAGCCCGCGAUUUGGAGGUGGAGUUCACCAACAGAGUGAAUUCUCUGUUGGAUCUGUACGCUGACCAACAAAUUCAGUAG